AUGAAAGCAGAAUCGAAGAAGUCGUUUGGCCGCAAAAUCGGCCACAAUCGCCGUUGGCUGUUUCAGUAUUGGAAAAGUCAUGAAAAGAAAGCUAUCGAUGAGGCGGACAAUCAGUGCAAUCAGUAAGUUUACUUUUUGGCCUAUUACAAUACAAUGCCAAAAACCCGCGAAAAUUGAAAUUUGAAUUUUCAAAAAUCUUUUUUUAAUUUUUUUAGUAAUUUUGUAGUUGUUUUUAAAUAAAAAUAAUGUUUUAUGCUAUGAAAAAUCUGUAAAAAGUUGUUUUAAACCCAUUACAACACAAUGCCAAAAACCCGCAAAAAAUCGAAAUUUAAAUUUUUCGGCUUCUUUUUUAAGCAUUUUUAAACAUUAAAAGCCGUUUUUAAUUGAAUAUCAAAGGUUUUUAACAUAAAAAUUAUAAAAGUAAAAUUUUAGGCCUAUUGAAACAGAAUGCCAAAAUGCGCGCCAAAUUCAAAAAUUUAAAUUUUUUUAAAAUAUUAAGUAUAAAAAUCAAAAUUAGUAAGAUAUAUAGAAAUUUAAAGUAAAAUACGCACCUGCCCAAAAAAUAUUAGUUUUUAACUUAAAAAUGUCAAUCACAACUUACAGGUUAGCCCUCUUGCCACCAAACCAACAACGUCAAGUAGAACAAGUUGUCAACUUCCUGAGUGCCCAGUCUCAUGUUGAAUCUGAAGAACGAUCCGAAAUUGGACUGAACUGCUCUUCAGAAACCGUCGAUCCAUUAGCUGGCUUCCAUUCACUUCUGAUCGCUUGGCUAUACCGAAUUGAGAGCCCCGCCUUUGAGAAUUUUUGGUGCUUGACUGAAGAAAAAGUUGGAUUAAAGAGAGAAACGGUAAGGUUUUUGAGAGAAAAGUGGUUUUGUAUUGUAGAAAAUUUAAUUUUCUAUCGUUUACAGUAAUUUUUGUUUUAGUUUUGUAAAAUACGACGUAUAUACUGUUCAGUAUUUAACAAAAAACCCUAUUUUUUUAAAUUUUUAAAAAAUUUUUUGAGAAAUUUAUCAAAAAUUCAAGCUUUUUACCAUUUUUUGAUAAGUUUUUAAUCAUUUUUUAAUAAAAAAUAGUAUUAGCAACGCCAUAAAAACUCUUUUAGUGUCAUUUCCAACCAAAUUUAUGCCUAAAACCCCAAAAAAGUUGUUAGGUCUCACCGAGAUUCGAACUCGGGUCGCAGGAUUCAGAGUCCUGAGUGCUAACCGCUACACCAUGAAACCACGGAGCGUUGGACUUUUGUUUAGCGAUUAGAUCUUAUUCUAAGUGGUUUUAUUGGUUAUACUAGCCAACAUAGGCUUAUAAAAAUUGAAAUUUGAGUAAAAAAGUUAAUUCUUAAACAAACUGAAUUUAAAUUUUUUGCAAUUUUUUUUAAAUUUUAAUUUUUCAAAAUUUGGUGAGAUUUUAUGCCCCUUAUGAUGACCUAAAACAAUAUAAAUCCCUAUAACUAACUAAUAGAAAAAUAUUUUCAGAUCAGCUAUGGCAUUCUAAGCACAUUUAUGGCCAUUUUGUUCGUUAUCAACCUGUCCGAACUGAUUUGCUCAUUGGUUGGCGUGGUAUACCCAAUUAUGUGCACCUAUGAGGUAAGGGGUCAUGGUUAAUAUAAGCCGGAAAUUAAAUUUUUUUACCUAAAUUCCAACUUUUUGUAAUUAAAAUAAACUUAAACUACAAUUUUGGAACUAAAAAUAAUUUAAAAAGUUUAAAAUUAAAAAAUUUUUUUCGACCGGUCGAUAUUUUUUUGAAAUGUUUGAAAAAAUUUGGUGUAAAAGUGCCUUACUUAAGGGGCUAUAAAAAGUGUUGAUAAAUAUUAAACACCAAUUUUUUGAAAAUAAAUUUUUCGACCGGUCGAUAAUUUUUUUUCGAAAUUUAAAAAAUUUGAUUUUAUCUUGUCCUAAAGGCUUUAAGAUCCCCAAAAACUAAAAAUUUACCAUUCCAGCUCCUAAAGCUGCCAGCAUGUGACGUUCCAGACGAGCUGCGUCGCCAUUGGAUGUGCUACUGGGCAAUUUUUGGUAUGAUCACUGGCAUCGACUUCAUUGUCAGAUCAAUGCUGCCAUUCUAUCACAUCACCAAGGCCAUGGUCCUGUUGGCGGUGGCGAUUCCUGACUUUCGAUUGGCUCAAACCUUCUAUGAUUACAGUGUGAAACAAGUGGCUAGGGUUGUGAUCAAUCUUGUCAAGAAAUAUGCUUUGUAG